AUGGUUCAGCAAACCGCGGGGAAGUUUGAAGCAGACGGCGGCUUGUCCCGGGAUGUCCCGGAGAGUGAGUUCCUCGCUUGUAGCCCGGCGGCGGCGGCUCCUUCUCCUUGCGAGGGGGACCCGGACUGGUGCAAGACGGCGAGCGGCCACAUCAAGCGGCCGAUGAACGCGUUCAUGGUGUGGUCGAAGAUCGAGAGGCGGAAGAUCAUGGAACAGUCGCCGGACAUGCACAACGCCGAGAUCUCCAAGCGGCUCGGCAAGCGCUGGAAGACGCUGCGAGACAGCGAGAAGAUCCCGUUCAUCCGGGAGGCGGAGAGGCUGCGGCUCAAACACAUGGCCGAUUACCCCGACUACAAGUACCGGCCCCGGAAAAAACCCAAGACCGAGGCGGUCAAACAGCAGCAACAGCCCGCUCCGUCUCCGGCACCCGGUCUAACGCCGGAGAGAAGUCACGGCAAAAGCUCCAAACAUUCGGGCAAGAAAUGGAGCGGCGGCAAACUCAAACCUCCCAAACCCUGCAGCAACUCUUCGUCCCCCCCGUCUCAGGCAAACGGGGAGAUGUCCGAGGAUUUUGUCUUUGGGAACCUGAGGGGGAACAAGACGGUGCGGAGUGUGUUCGGGGGCGGGGGUCCCGAACCUCUCCUCCCUCAGCAAGCGGCGGAUUCCACCCUCCUCUCUAGCCCCCGGCGGGCCAGCGUGGCGGCCGUGCCGGCCAGCCCGACCCUCAGCUCGGCCGCCGACUCGGUGGAAGGGGCGAGCCUGUACGAGGAGCGGGACGGAGGGAGGAGGAGGACGGCUCCGGCUCCGGCCAAGGCGAGCGGAGGCAGGAGGGGCUCGCAUUCGCCCAGCUCCAGCCGCCGAUCGGUCUCCACUUCGAGCGAGGAGGCGGACGAUCUGCUCUACGACUUCAGCAUGAACUUCUCUGGGGCGGGCGGCAGCAACAGCAGCGGGGCGGGAGGAAACAGCUCGGAUCCGCUCAGUUCAGGGAAUGUCAGCCUCUCGCUGGUGGACAAGGACUUGGAUUCGUACAGCGAGGGCAGCUCCGGCUCUCACUUUGAAUUUCCAGACUACUGCACUCCAGAACUCAGUGAGAUGAUCGCGGGCGACUGGUUAGAAGCCAACUUUUCCGACCUGGUCUUCACGUAUUGAUCUAUUCCUUUUCAACAAGAUAUUUUUUUUGGGAAGAAAACAAAACCCCAGAACUUUUCUUUUCUGUUGGUUGCUUUUAUGACAGGAUGUUUUUUUUUAAAUUCAACACACAAUUGCCACCAUCUGCAAGUCUCCAGGUCCGAUCCGCUCCUCGAUUGGGAUAUUUUCCCUUUCCCGUCUGUGAAGCCCUCCCAAAAGAUGUUUUUUUUAUAUAUAUAUAUAAUAGAAACACAAACUGUUACUUUGGAAAUCGUGGCCGGACUUUCUUUACAACCCUUUGGCGGCGCAACUGUUAAAAGCAGUUUUGUUGGAUGUUCCGAGCGGGACCACUAUAGAGAGAGAGAGAGAUGUGGACACUGCAGGGAGUUUUAAAACGGCAAAAAAAUUUGAGAACCCAGGCUUGUAUGCGAACAGUUUUAUCUUACACCACGACGCUGAAGUUAACGUGAUCAGUUGUACUGUUUUAAAUCGUGUGAUGUAUAUGCCAAUAAGACUGUUUUUUGCUCUGUAAAUUUUGUUUCUGUUCCCUCACAAUUACCUCCUUUUACCACCUAAUGACACAGGCAGCAUAAACCUCAAGAGUAUAAGUUCUUUUUUGAUACAUGCAGACCUCAAGACUUUUUAAAACGAAGAAAAAGAAUACUAAAUAUUUUCACUUGUAUUUUUCUAUAGCCGAAAGGGAACCUUCUUGCUGUGAUUAUCCAGUGAGAAUUUCUGGCACUUCCUUUUUUUUUAAAAAGAAUUAUUUUCCUCUUUUCCUUCUUGUAUAGCAUGCGAACGUUGGUACGUCCUGCUUUAAAGGAUUCAAAAACAUUUUUUUUGUGGGAAAAAAAGCAAAAUCCUUGCAUCAAUGCCUUGUGAUUUUAAAUCUGCAAGUGCUCAGUCUUUUUGUACAGUUGUAGAUUUAGAUUUGUUGAAUAUUUGUAGGUAAGAAAAUUUAUUGAAAAGACGUGAGAUAGAACUCGAGUCGUUCCUAGUGAGAUUAUAUGUACUGUAUUAUAUACUGUAGGAAUUCUAUGUGUACUCAUACGCUGUGAUAAGUGGGUUAAAUCCCGAUGACAGGUGUGAAACUGGAGGAUUUUUAACAUGGCACAUGUGAAAUCUUAAUUCAUUUUUGUGCAAUAUGAAUCAGAUCAUCUGCACAUUUUGUAGCAAACUUAUGAACUAAAACAGACGUGUGCACUGUAAUCAUUGCCUGUCUUGAUGCUAAGAGUCUGUAUCGGGGGAGGGGCAGGGGAAUUAAAUAAAGAAAUCAGCUGGAACUGAUCGUAA